GCCCAAAUCAAGCGGUUUUGAGGUUAGAAAAUUGGAACUUUAAAAAUAUGUCUUUAACAAGAAAUAUUGUGAUAAACAUCUUAAAAAACACUAAAAAAUCAUCAUGGAGACACCCAAUUAGAUUUUUAUCAACGGAAUCUGGAGAAAUCAAAGAAAAUAAACCUCAACUUGGAGGUUAUGCUAAGGCCUACGAAAAGUUUGAAAAUCUCACUCAAGAACCUAAAGAACCACCAAAAAGUUUUGCCACGCUUCUUAGGAACUCUAAAUUUAUUGAUUUAGGAGAUCCGGAGGGGAAACUAGUUGUUGGAAGAAUAGUUCACAUUAUUGAUGAUGAUUUAUACAUUGAUUUCGGUUGGAAAUUUAAUUGUGUUUGUUCAAGACCGAAAAAGAAUGCAACGAGUUACGUACGAGGAGCAAAAGUACGAUUAAUGAUCAAAGAUUUAGAAUUAUCAACAAGAUUCUUAGGUAAUGAAAAAGAUUUGACAUUAUUAGAGGCGGAUUGUGUUUUAUUAGGAUUAAUUCAAGAUAGAAAUAAGUCUGUAAUGUAAUUUAUUAUAAGUAUUUUUUAACAAAAAAUAGACAAGCCAUAAUUAUAAUGAAA